CGAUUGGUGGGCGGUGUCACAAAGGGGCGGGAGCCCGCCGUCGGUGCCUGCUGGCGGGGGUCGCUCGCGGGGCCGCGCGUCCAGGUGGGCCUCAGGGCGGACGAGCCAGUGGACCGGACAGCGGAGCCGUAGCCCAGUAUUGGAAACAAGCCCGAUGUCCGCCAGCUGGUGACUGUAGAAACAGUGUGAAGUGCAUGCUUACACGGGAUACUCAGUCAUACGAAGGAAUGAAGCACAGCCAGCCAUGUCCUGGAAUUGAAUACAUUUUGAAAGCACCAUUGUAAAAAACUCAAAACAUGAGCAACAAUCUGUAUUACCAAUGGUCAAAGCUGACUGGGCCAGAACUGGAGUACAGUUGUCCACAACAUAUUCCAGAGGAAUUAGGAAAGUCAGAAUAAUGGAUAAUGAGAAAGAGCCCCCAUUCUUCAAUGAAGAUCACGUGGGACCAUUUUACUACAAGCUUCCUUUCUAUGAUACCAUGGAGCUCUUCAUUGAAACAUUGACCGGAACAUGUUUUGAGCUGCGAGUUUCACCCUGUGAAGCUGUUAUUUCUGUGAAAGCAAAAAUUCAAAGAUUAGAAGGUAUUCCCAUCUGUCAGCAGCACUUAAUUUGGAAUAACCUGGAACUUGAAGAUGAUUAUUGCUUGAAUGAUUACAACAUUUCAGAAGGUUGUACCUUGAAGCUGGUAUUGGCUAUGCGUGGAGGACCUAUAAAUACUAGAAGAGUUCCUAUGGAAGAUCCACUUUGGGAGAGGGCUGCAAACAUGGAUACCAGUGGAGAUGAGGUCUGGGAGAAGACCUGCAACAAACAAGUUACAUUUUUGGUAUACCAAGAAGGAGAUCAAUUGAAUUUCUUUCGAGUAGUAGAUAGGGGAGAUGGUACUUUAACACCGUUAUCUGAAUCUUUAAGCAGUGGUUCUGCAUAUAAUGUGUAUACAGAUGAGGAUGAAGAAACUGAGCCUUCUCCCUCUGGACAACAGAUCAUUGAAAAUUCCAUAACCAUGAACAAGAUGAAGCUGCUGAAGGCCAAGAUGGAGGACAUGAAUCUGAGCAAAAAGCCCAAGAAGGUUGCAAAGAUAAAGCCUCGCCCGCCAAUAGCCCCGCGACCUUCUAGUGGUCCCACCACAGCUGCUCGCCACAGGUUGUUAAGGGUCCUGCCCCACAUUGGGCAAUCCUGUUUGCCUUCUGGGAAUACAAAUGCACCUGAUGUAUCGGGCGAGGGGAUCGCAAGUCUGGGACCUCAGCCCCCCGCCGAGAGCGCCCUGCCAUCCAUCGCUCGUGAAGGGAAGUGGGAGAGUACCAGCCCCCCAGCCCAUGCCAGCAGUAACGUCAAACUACCACCUCAGCUCCCUCAUUUUGAGUUCGAGAAGGAUGAAGAGCUUGCCGAGUCUGUUCUCCGUCUCGGAUCAGCCCUGCCUAGGCGAACCAAACACUUGCCAUCUAACAGCGAAGAUGACCCCGUCUUGUUUCCCACUUCGAAAGAGUGGUUGACUGAAGACUCGCUGUUGCCUGAGGUGGAGGCAUUGGACUCAUUGGCGCAGGGAAAUGCUGAGGGGACGAGCAGAGGCCGGGAAGGCGCAGAAAAGGGCAGUUCAGAGUUCCUCCUCACUAACGUUGGGAAAGGACUGAAAGCCACGGAGCAGUGUCUAAAACAGGCCACUCGAGUGCUGAGCGGUGAAUCUGCAGACACUGGAGUUCUCAACCGCGAACUAAGCCCUCCCAAGGGCAGACUCCUGUCACCCCUUCGCUGCCCAGCGCCGGUGUCACUGCAUGACGCCCUGGGGAAACCACAGAGACUGGUUAAGUGCUUUGAGCCAGGCAACCUACAGUCCCCAGCUUCGCAAAGUGUGUUGCGGUCGUUGGAGCCCCGAAACACCACAGACACUUUCUGUAGGACUACUCGCUUUCGAGCUGUGAAAGUUGAUUCACCAGGGAAAAGACCCGACAUCAUUUCUAAGGUUGAGGCUCGGGGUAUUACAGAAAUGGCCAACAAAGCUUCCAGAGAACCUGUCGGAAGCGUCAAUAACAUUGGUUUUCUCGCUUCCCUGGCCCGGAGCGCAAGUAGGGACAGUUUGCAGAGCACAUGUGGGGCAGGCAGGCAUCGGGCGCCGGCAGCUGGGCUGCCCGCAACCCUGCCUCAUUUUCAGGAAGAAAGCCUCCGGAGAAACUCGCCUCAGUUAGAGCCGACCGAGUAUUUUCUAUCUACCCGUGCUAUUGGAAUGAAUGGAAAUAAUGCAGCCGCAGGGAAAAGAGUAGGAGAAGGCUCCCAUCAUCUGCCACCUGUGAAAGCCCCUAUGCAGACAAAGAAGAAAACGACCACGCAUUGUUUUCUUUGUGGCAAGAAAACAGGAUUGGCUACUAGCUACGAAUGCAGAUGUGGAAACAACUUCUGUGCCUCUCAUCGCUAUGCAGAAGCUCACAGCUGCACCUAUGAUUACAAGAGUGCAGGCAGGAGAUACCUGCAGGAGAAGAACCCUGUGGUCAAUGCACCCAAACUGCCAAAAAUCUAACCUGUCUGUCUGCACCUUACUGUCCUGCCUGAGGAGUCGUAUUAUAAUCAGAAGAAAUAUUGUCCAGACUGCAUUAGUUUUGUUCGACUCUCAAAAGAUUGGCCAGAUAACAAAAGCUGAUAAUGCAUACUGUCGGAGAAUGAAAAUGCUACUGUAUUUGACAUCUUUAUUCUUUGGUGAAUUGGAAGUUUUAAAAGUAGUUUCAAAAACUGUACACUAUAAUGAAUUAACUUUGUUAUUGCA